CCUACAAGUCCCAUGAUGCCUCGAACAGCUGAUCGACAACAGGAAGAAGUCAUGUCUACAGCUAGCGUGGACGAAAGCCCUGCUGCGAUGGACAAAGAGGAGAAAGCUUGCUCUGUUUCCAACAGUGGAGGCGGUGAGGGAUCGCUGGACCGACUGCUUCCCUCCGUCGGCAUGGGCCGCCCUCCCAGGAAGCGGACCACCAGCCAGUGUAAAUCCGAGCCACCGCUGCUGCGCACCUCCAAACGGACCAUCUACACGGCGGGUCGCCCGCCCUGGUACAAUGAGCAUGGAACUCAGUCCAAGGAGGCCUUUGUCAUUGGUCUUUGUGGAGGCAGCGCUUCAGGAAAGACCACAGUUGCAACGAAAAUCAUUGAAGCUUUAGAUGUACCAUGGGUCGUACUCCUCUCAAUGGACUCUUUCUAUAAGGUCCUGUCCCCCGAGGAGCAGAUGCUGGCAGCCAGCAGCGAUUAUAACUUUGACCACCCCGACGCCUUCGACUUCGAGUUGCUGACGCACACCCUGCGCAAACUCAAACAGGGCAAAAGCGUCAAAAUCCCCGUCUACGACUUCGCAAUUCACGGGAGACAUAAGGAGUGGAAAACUCUGUAUGGAGCCAGUGUCAUCAUCUUUGAGGGAAUCAUGUCCUUUGCAGAUAAAACGCUCCUGCAGUUGCUCGACAUGAAGAUCUUCGUGGAAACGGACUCGGAUAUCCGUUUGGUGCGUCGGCUGAGGAGGGACAUCAUGGAAAGAGGCCGCGAUAUUGAGGGCGUCAUCAAACAGUACAACAAGUUUGUGAAGCCCGCUUUUGAGCAGUACAUUGAGCCCACCAUGCGCCUGGCUGAUCUCGUGGUGCCACGUGGUGGCGGCAACAUGGUAGCCAUUGACCUGAUUGUGCAGCAUGUUCACAGUCAGCUAGAGGAGAGGAAACUUCGCUGGGAUAUGGCAGCCCUGGCUUCUGCACACCAAGCCCAGCCCCUCCCCCAGACCCUCAGCAUUCUGGAGAGCACACCCCAAGUCAGGGGUAUGCACACCAUCAUCAGAAACAAGGAAACCAGCCGUGAUGAGUUCAUCUUCUACUCAAAGAGGUUGAUGCGCCUGUUGAUUGAGCGUGCGCUCUCCUUCCUCCCUUCACAGGUCCACGUAGUGCAGACGCCCCAGGGAGAGGACUACGAAGGCAGGACCUUCCAUGGAAAGAGGAUUACAGGGGUGUCAAUCCUGCGAGCUGGGGAGACUAUGGAACCAGCCCUCAGGGCCGUCUGCAAAGAUGUCCGCAUCGGAAAGAUCCUCAUCCAGACCAACCAGGACACGGGAGAACCAGAGCUUCAUUACCUCCGUCUACCCAAAGACAUCAGCGAGGACCACGUGAUACUGAUGGACUGCACCGUGUCCACUGGGGCCGCCGCCAUGAUGGCUGUCCGAGUUCUGCUGGACCAUGAUGUUCAGGAGGACAAGAUCCUGUUGGUCUCUUUGCUGAUGGCUGAGAUGGGAGUGCAUUCAGUGGCCUACGCGUUCCCACAGGUGAAAAUCAUCACCACAGCCGUGGACAAGAAGGUCAAUGAUGUUUUCCACAUCAUUCCUGGCAUUGGAAACUUCGGAGAUCGAUACUUCGGAACGGAUGCGCCGCCCGACUGGAGCGACGAGGACGAGCCCAGUUACUGAUCGUCGCUCUGGACUGAAGGAUUCUGGACUGUGGCCUUGUGUGAGCAAGCUGAAGGCCUGCUCUUCUGCAUCCCUCUCUCUGCUGCGUGCGUCCUUUCAAGGAUCAAACAGGAAUGGCAUGAAAAGUUAUCCACAGGAAAACUGAAGAUUUCUAAAUUCACAACCUUAAUUGUGAAUGAAUGCAUUUAAAUUCUGUUUUGAACACCGUUAAUGGACUAUACCGCUAUGGUGCGUUAUGAUUCUAAAAUGUUUUUAUUUGUACAGUUUAAUAUAUAGUUUAAGUAUUUUAUUUUAAUGCCUAAAUUAUGACAAUCUAUGAGUAACAAUGUAGUUUUAAUUUAUAUUUCUAGCCUGAAGUUAUGUAUUGUGGAUGACACAACUGAAUGUGAACUUGCACGUGUCAAAAAAAAAAAAAAAAAAACUAUUUUUGACAUUUAUUUUUGCUUUUCUAACCACAAGCUUUCUUCAAAACUUUCAGAAAAGUAAAAUCGUAGCACGAACCCGUCUUGCUCAACUUCCAUCGCCGCCGGGCCUUUCUGAAGGACCAUUCAAUCGGAAAAUGUGUGGGUGUGUGUCUUUUUUUUUUUUCUUUUUUUUUUUUUUUUCUAGCUCGUUCAACCUUUUCCUUCACCAUGGAUGCUGACCCAACCAGCCUAAAAAGGAUGUUGAAAAUGCGGUGUUCAUUAUACAGCUUUAAGCACGCACUUGUGGCGCAAGUUUAACGCUGGAUGUCCGUUAUUUUACAUCUAUUUUUACUGCGGGUGAAGCAGCUCAGCAGGACGGUUCUUUUUGCUGCAGUGAAAAUGGGUCAUCCACAUAAAGCAAACACUGAUGGGGUGUUUUAUUUCAGUCUCACGUGUGUGGGUUUAACCCAGUGGGUGGGAUCGGUCGUUUGAAAAGAGGAUAUGAAAGCAUCCCGAUACUCCGGGAUAUUUUGAUUGUGGAGCUGUGUUGAAAAUAAAAAAGAUCUCAAUCUGUUUUAAGUUGCUCCUUUGUUCUUUUCGUUGAACAAUGUUCACAGUUUGCCAGAAGGAUGGGUCACGCUCUUUAAUAUUCUGGUUUAACACCAUCUUGGGUGUUAAACCAGAGCUUUAUUUAAUUACAUAUUACAAGAGUCACCUUAAAAUUCAAUUGUUAAGAAUAUAGUGUUUUUAUCAUUUAAGUUUUUUGAGCUGUCAGUUUAUUUGAAUUGGAAAUGGUAAAAAUCUUUUAUAAAAAGGGUGGUGGUCAUGACAUGUUAGUUCAAUACGUGUAACAUUUGCUCCUCUCUAUUCAGUUUAUCAGCCUGUUACUCUACAGUACGCCUGUCUCUCCGUACAGAAGUCAAAUAGUCGUUUGUGUGCCUUUUUCGUGAACAUUUUCACAUUUUAUGUAACCAGCACGAACUUCAGCGUAUUUGACGAUUUCAUGUGUCAAACCGACCUGAAGUGUUGCACAGUUGUAAAGGUACAGGAGAAUGAUAUUUUUCAAAUAAAAUCUGAAAUGUG